AUGACCGUGUCCCCUACUGACCCGCCACGGAAACACGAAGGUGGCCUUACCCCCUCAGAUCCAUCAUCUCCCCUUGAUGAUCUCCCAGCGUUUGCUGAGCCGCUCAACCCCUCCAGCCUCAGGUGCUCACCUACUGGCUACCGAUUGGGAAGGAACCAGCAUUUGCUCAGCAUGCUGCUGCCUUUAAUCCCCCUCUUCCUGGGGUUGGCUGUGCAAAAUACCUGCACCCCAGCCGAAGCCACAGGACUGGCGAAAAGAUGUGAUAAGAAGUCUUUUCUAACGAUCAGGACGGAGUGCCAAGCCUGCUCAGCUAAUUUUGCAGCCAAGUGUCCAGAUGGUUACGUCAAGAUUACCAAUGACUCUCUCGGGGUUCGAGAUUGCAGGUAUUCGAUUGAGAUCAAUGCAUACUCUCUGUCUGUCCCUGGAUGCCAACAUAUAUGUAGGAAGGACUACCUACAACCUCAAUGCUGCCCAGGCCACUGGGGCCCAGACUGCAUGGAAUGCCCAGGAGGAGCAGAGUCACCAUGCAAUGGCAGAGGCACUUGCAAUGAAGGCAUGGAAGGAACUGGAAGCUGCUCCUGCCGAGCCGGCUUUCGUGGGACGGCCUGUGAAACCUGUGCGGCUGACAACGUGUUUGGGCCCAAUUGUUCCUCAGUGUGCAGCUGUGUCCACGGUGUGUGCAACAGCGGGCUCAACGGUGACGGGACCUGUGAGUGCUUCUCUGCAUACAGGGGACCCAGGUGUGACAAGCCCAUCCCUGAGUGUGCGGCCCUGCUCUGCCCAGAGAACUCCAGAUGUUCACCUUCCAGCCAAGAUGAAACCAAACUCAAAUGCAAAUGCCUUCCCAGUUACCAAGGCGACGGCCAACACUGCAAGCCCAUCAACCCAUGUUUAAAAAGCGUCUGCCACCCUCACGCGAGUUGUACCUACCUGGGACCAAAUCGGCACCAUUGCUCAUGCCGAAAAGGUUACCACGGGGAUGGCCAAGUGUGUCUUCCGGUAGACCCCUGCCAAACAGACUUUGGAAACUGCCCUACAAAGUCUACGGUGUGCAGAUACGAUGGACCUGGACAGUCUCACUGCGAGUGCAGAGAGCAUUACCACAACUUUGUACCCGGAGUGGGGUGCAGCAUGAUCAAUGUCUGUGAAUCAAACAACCCGUGUCACAAGAAUGCAAACUGCAGCACGGUCGCACCAGGCCAAGCCCAGUGCACUUGCCGGAAAGGUUACAUGGGCGACGGCCUGACCUGCUAUGGAAACAUCAUGGAGAGACUCAGAGAAUUAAACACUGAACCCAGAGGAAUGUGGCAAGGGAGGCUGACCUCUUUCAUCUCCAUCCUGGACAGAACUUACGCCUGGCCGCUGAGCAACCUGGGACCCUUCACUGUGCUGCUGCCCUCAGACAAGGGAUUAAAAGGAUUCAACGUGAAGGAGCUUCUGGUGGACAACGUGGCGGCUCGGUACUUUGUGAAGCUCCACAUCAUUGCCGGGCAAAUGAGCACCAGGCAGAUGAAUGACACGGAUGCCUUCUACACACUGACUGGAAAGCCGGGGGAAAUCUUCAACAGGGAUAAGGACAAUCAACUAAAACUCAAACUUGAUAGAGGCGAAAAGGUGAAGAUAAUCCAGGGGGACAUAGCUGCUUCAAAUGGACUUAUACACAUCCUCGACAGAGCCAUGGACAAGACAGAGCCCACACUUGAGAGCAACCCUGAGCAAACCAUCAUGAAAAUACUACAGCCAAGAUUCGGCAGGUUCAGCUCUUUGCUAGAGAGAACCAAUGUUGGACAUACCCUAGAUGAAGGUGGUGCUGGUGGCCCAUACACCGUUUUCGUCCCAAGCAAUGAAGCUUUGGAUAGCAUGAAGGCGGGCACCAUCGAUUACCUCCUUUCUCCACAGGGCUCUCGGAAACUUCUGGAACUCGUAAGAUACCACAUUGUCGCGUUUACCCAGCUGGAAGUGGCCACUCUCGUUUCGACACCCCACAUCAGAACCACAGCCAACCAGUUCGUGCACUUUAACAUAACCCGCAACGGACGGAUUCUGGUAAAUGAUGUGGCAGUGGGAGAAACCGAGGUCGCUGCCAAAAACGGCCGAAUUUACACUCUGACCGGCGUCCUUGCUCCUCCCUCCAUCGUCCCGAUCCUUCCCCAUCGAUGUGAUGAAACAAAGAGAGAAAUGAGAUUGGGCACUUGUGUGAGCUGUUCCCUGAUACGUUGGAGCAAAUGUCCUGCUGACUCUGAGCCCAUGGUACUCUUCACACGCAACUGUGUCUACAGAAGCAGGACACAGAACCUGAAAAGUGGCUGUGCCCAAUACUGUAAUGCCACCAUGAAGAUACCAAAAUGCUGUAGUGGCUUCUUUGGGCCUGACUGCAACCCAUGUCCGGGAGGCUUCUUGAAUCCAUGUUCUGGAAAUGGGCAGUGCAUAGAUGGCCUCAGCGGCAACGGGACCUGCAUCUGUGAGGAUGGCUUCCAAGGCUCCAGGUGCCAGUUCUGCUCCGACCCCAACAGAUAUGGACCUCGUUGUAACAGAACCUGCCUGUGUGUCCACGGAGCGUGUGAUAACCGCAUAGACAGCGACGGAGCCUGCCUCUCGGGAACAUGCCGAGAGGGCACUUCCGGGAGGUUCUGCGACAAGAAGCCCUCAUCCUGUGGGCCCUAUGUACAGCUCUGUCACAUCCAUGCCACCUGUGAAUACAGCAAUGGGACGGCCAGCUGUGUCUGCAAUGAGGGCUACGAAGGAGACGGAACCCUCUGUUCUAAGAAGGACCCUUGCGUGGGAUCAACCUCCAGAGGAGGCUGUAGUUCAAACGCUGAGUGCAUCCGAACUGGCACAGGGGCACAUGUCUGUGUGUGCCAGCAGGGCUGGACAGGGGACGGAAGAGACUGUGUGGCGAUCAACAACUGCCUGCUGCCUGGCACAGGCGGCUGCCAUGACAAUGCCACCUGUUUAUACGUAGGCCCCGGGCAGAAUGAAUGUGAGUGCAAGAAAGGAUUCCGAGGAAAUGGGAUCGAUUGUGAGCCAGUCAUUUCAUGCUUGGAACAGGCAGAGAAAUGUCACCCCCUGGCCGCCUGUCAAGCCGACGCCUCUGGCGUGUGGGGCUGCGUUUGUCAAGAGGGCUAUGAGGGAAAUGGUCUCCUGUGCUAUGGGAACGUGCUCAUGGAACUGUCACGUCUCUCUGAAGCAGCUGUGUUUUACCAGUGGAUAAAUGAUGCUUCCCUGCAAUCCAUGCUGUCUGCCACCCCGAAUCUCACUGUCCUCGUGCCUUCCCGGCAAGCCAUUGAGGACAUGGACAAGAAUGAGAGAAACUUCUGGUUGUCACGGAACAAUAUUCCAGCCCUGAUAAAAUAUCACACAGUACAAGGCACAUACGGAGCAGCCGAUCUGCAGAACCUGUCAUCCUCCGGCAUGCUAGCAACAUCCUUGCAAGGAAGCUUCCUUCACCUGGACAAGGCGGAUGGGAAUAUCACCAUUGAGGGAGCAUCCAUUGUGGACGGUGACAAUGCAGCCACAAACGGAGUGAUACACGUCAUCAACAAGGUGCUGGUGCCCCAAAGAAGUCUGACUGGCUCCCUACCAAACCUCCUCACCCGUCUGGACCAGAUGCCCGACUACUCCAUCUUCCGAGGCUAUAUCAUUCAAUACAAUCUGGCGAGCACGAUCGAGGCUGCAGACGCUUACACUGUGUUUGCUCCAAACAAUGAAGCCAUCGAGAGUUAUAUCAGGGAGAAGAAAGCCACGACUCUAGAGGAAGAUGUUCUUCGGUACCACGUGGUCCUGGAGGAGAAGCUCCUGAAGAAUGACUUGCACAAUGGCAUGCACCGAGAGACCAUGCUGGGCUUCUCCUAUUUCCUCGGCUUCUUCCUCCACAAUGAUCAGCUGUUUGUAAACGACGCUCCAAUAAACUACACCAACGUGGCCACAGAUAAAGGAGUGAUCCAUGGUCUGGGGAAAGUUCUGGAAAUUCAGAAGAACAGAUGUGACGAAAACGACACCACCAUUGUGGGAGGAAUUUGUGGGAAGUGUUCCCAGGAAGCAACCUGCCCACUUGGAACAAAACCACUCGGCGAGACCAGGAAGUGCAUCUACACCAUUUACUUCAUGGGGAAGAGGUCCGUCUUCCUGGGGUGCCAGCCAAAGUGCGUGAGGACCAUCAUCACAAAAGCGUGCUGUGCUGGCUUCUUUGGCCCACAAUGCCAAGCCUGCCCCAAGAAGGAUCAGAAUGUGUGCUCUGGGAACGGCUUCUGUCUGGAUGGUGUGAAUGGCAUCGGCACAUGCAGAUGUGAGCAGGGUUUCAAUGGGACGGCCUGCGAGACCUGCAUAGAGGGCAAGUACGGUGUCCACUGUGACCAAGCGUGCUCCUGUGUCCAUGGGCGGUGUAACCAAGGACCCUCAGGAGACGGCUCCUGCGACUGUGAUGUCGGCUGGCGAGGCGUGCACUGCGACAUCGAGAUCACGAAAGACGAUUGCAAUGGGACCUGCCAUACCAGUGCCAACUGUCUUCUCCAUCCAGACGGCCAAGCCUCAUGCAAAUGCGCGGCAGGAUUCCAAGGGAAUGGAACAGUCUGCACAGCCAUCAAUGCCUGUGAGGUCAGCAACGGAGGAUGUUCUGCCAAGGCCGACUGUAAAAGAACCACCCCAGGAAGCCGGGUGUGUGUGUGCAAGGCAGGCUAUACAGGUGACGGCAUUGUAUGCCUCGAAAUAAAUCCGUGUUUGGAGAACAACGGCGGCUGUGACAAGAACGCAGAGUGCACGCAGACAGGGCCCAAUCAAGCCGUCUGUAACUGCUUGCCAAAGUUCACUGGAGAUGGGAAGGCCUGCACACUCAUCAAUGUCUGCUUAACCAACAAUGGCGGCUGCAGCCCAUUUGCCACCUGCACCCACACUGGACAAGAUCAGAGGAUAUGCACCUGCAAACAGAACUACACCGGGGAUGGAUUCAUCUGCCGCAGCAGCAUCUACGGGGAACUUCCUAAGAACCCAACAACGUCACAGUAUUUUUUCCAGUUGCAGGAGCAUGCUGUCCGAGAGCUGGCUGGACCCGGCCCCUUCACUGUGUUUGCGCCUUCAUCUGCUUCCUUCAAUCAGGAGUCCAGGAUUAAAGACUGGGAUGCACAGGGCCUCAUGUCCCAGGUUCUCCGGUAUCACGUGGUGGCCUGCCAACAGCUGCUGCUGGAAAACCUCAAAGUGACCACGAGUGCCGUGACCCUCCAAGGCGAGCCCAUUUCCAUCUCUGUCUCUCAGGGUACCGUGUACAUAAACAACAAGGCGAAGGUCCUGUCCGGUGACAUCAUCAGCACCAAUGGCGUCAUCCACAUCAUAGACAGACUGCUGUCUCCCCAGAACUUGCUCGUCACCCCCAAAGAUGCUUCAGGCAGGGUUCUGCAGAAUCUUACUACAGUAGCAAUGAAGCAUGGCUACACGAGAUUCAGCAAGUUAAUACAGGACUCAGGCUUGCUGAGCGUCAUCACCGACCCCAUCCACACCCCAGUUACCCUCUUCUGGCCCACAGACAAAGCCCUCCAAGCCCUACCCCCAGAGCAGCGGGACUUCCUCUUCGAUCAAGACAACAAGGACAAGCUGAAGGAGUAUCUGAAGUUCCACGUGAUCCGGGACUCCAGGGCUUUGGCUUCAGACCUGCCCAGGUCUGCCUCCUGGAAGACACUGCAAGGUUCAGAGCUGAGUGUAACGUGUGGAACUGGCCGUGACGUCGGCGAGCUCUUUCUAAACGGACAAAUGUGCAGGAUCGUCCAGCGAGGACUCUUGUUUGACCUGGGCGUGGCCUAUGGCAUCGACUGCCUGCUAACGAAUCCCACCCUGGGGGGCCGGUGCGACACUUUCACUACCUUCAAUGUCUCGGGGGACUGUGGGAGCUGUGUCUCUACUCCCAGAUGCCCACCGUGGAGCAAACCAAAGGGUGUGAAGCAGAAGUGUUUCUACAAACCACUGCCUUUCGGGAGGAACUUGGAAGGCUGCCGGCAGCUGUGCACCCUGGUCAUCCGGCUCCCCAGGUGCUGCAAGGGUUACUUCCUGCCACACUGUCAGGCCUGCCCCGGAGGACCGGAUACACCGUGUAAUAACCGGGGUGUCUGCAGCCAUCUGUACUCGACCACAGGACAGUGCCGGUGCAACACCGGUUUCAACGGGACAGCCUGCGAGCUGUGCUGGCCAGGGAGAUUUGGGCCAGACUGUCAGCCCUGUGGCUGCUCAGAGCAUGGACAGUGUGACGAGGGAAUCACCGGCUCUGGACAGUGCUUCUGUGAAGCAGGGUGGACAGGCCGCUUCUGUGACACUCUUACAGUUGUGUUUCCGGUCUGCAUACCUCCUUGCUCUGUGCAUGCCACAUGUAUGGAGAACAACACAUGUGUGUGUAACCUGAAUUAUGAAGGUGAUGGAAUCACAUGCACAGCUGUGGAUUUCUGCAAACAGAACAACGGGGGCUGUGCAAAGGCUGCCAGGUGCUCUCAGCAGGGCACACAAGUCUCCUGCAGCUGCAAGAAGGGCUACCAGGGGGAUGGCUACAGCUGCACGGAGAUAGACCCCUGUGCAGAUGGCAUCAACGGUGGAUGUCACGAGCAUGCCACCUGCAGGAUGACUGGCCCGGGCAGGCACAAGUGUGAAUGUAAGAGUCACUAUGUGGGGGAUGGAGUGGACUGUGAGCCCGAACAGCUACCGCUGGACCGCUGCUUACAGGACAACGGGCAGUGCCACCCAGAUGCUAACUGUGCAGACCUCCACUUCCAGGACACGACUGUUGGGGUAUUCCAUCUGCGCUCCCCACUGGGCCAGUACAAACUGACCUUUGACAAAGCCAAAGAGGCCUGUGCCAAUGAAGCCGCAUCCAUGGCCACCUACAACCAGCUCUCCUAUGCCCAGAAGGCCAGCUAUCACCUCUGCUCAGCCGGCUGGCUGGAGAGUGGGCGGGUUGCCUACCCCACGACCUACGCCUCUCAGAAGUGUGGUUCAAACGUUGUAGGGAUAGUGGACUAUGGAAACAGGCCCAACAGGAGUGAAACGUGGGAUGUCUUCUGUUACCGGAUGAAAGAUGUGAACUGCACCUGCAAGGCGGGCUAUGUGGGCGACGGCUUCUCGUGCAGUGGGAACAUGCUGCAGGUCCUCAUGUCCUUGUCCUCGCUCACGGACUUCCUGGCAGAGGUGCUGGCUUAUUCCAACAGCUCAGCCCGAGGCCAGGCUUUUCUGAAACACCUGACUGACCUGUCCAUCCGUGGCACCCUGUUCGUGCCGCAGAACAGUGGACUCAUGGGAAAUAAGAGCCUGUCUGGGCGCGACAUCGAGCACCACCUCACUAACCUCAGCGUCUCUUUUUACGACGACCUCGUCAAUGGCACCGUUCUGAGGACUAGGCUGGGAAGCCGGCUGCUCAUCACCUCCAGGCAGGACCAGUUCCACCAAGAGACCAGAUUUGUGGAUGGAAGAGCCAUUCUGCAGUGGAACAUCAUUGCCUCCAACGGGCUCCUUCAUGUCAUUUCUGAGCCUCUGAAAGCCCCCCUUGUGCCAGCAAGCCCUGCCCACACUGGCCUGAGGACAGGCGUAGUCUGUGCUGUUAUCCUGGUCACCGGUGCAGUUGCUCUGGUCGCCUAUUCUUACUUCCGACUAAACCAGAGAACAACUGGCUUCCAGCGUUUUGAGUCAGAAGAGGACAUUGAUGUCUUGGCCUUUGGCAAACAGCAGCCGGAGAACGUCGCAAACCCUGUGUAUGAGAGCUCAUCAGCAGCACCCCCUGAGUCCUCCUGUGACCCCUUCCCAGACCCUGAAGAACAGGAGGUGGAGAGCAGCGACCCCCUGGGGGCACUGAGGCCCUGACGUGAGCAGCCAUCCAGCAGCCAGUGCCACAUGAACCCCUGAGCCAGCACGGCUCCACUGGGGAUUCUCAGCACCAGCUGUCUCCUGUUCUACACUAUGAUAGAGUCAGAAACCAUACCUCACCUCUCUGGUUAAUAGAGGGCUGUUUCCAUGGGCAAGGUGCCACGUUGCCAGGCCCAUCCAGAGGGACCUCUACCUCCUCUGAGGCUGUUGUUCUUGGGCCUUCCAGACGGCCUUGCUCUGUUCCGCCUUAUCUCUUGGGUAACUGUGAUCCUGUGGUAUUUUCCUGUUACUGUAGGUGCCUACGGCAGGGCUUCACCUUGUGAACUUUGUAUCCCAGUACCCAGAAGUACCUGCCACAAGGACGUGCUCAAUAAAUAUUAUAGAACAAAAUAAAAAGUCACUGAGUGCCUAGGAGGGGUCAAGCUAUGAAAGCAAGCUACUUAUUAAGGCUAAUUAGAGCCCUUUCAAUUGGCCAACAUCUGUCUCAUGAAUUCUUUAGUUCUGUUUCCUUGCAUUUACCUUAAGAUCUUAUAAACUCUCUCAACUCCAGGAAACUGGAGCUGCCCCAGUCCUCUGCAGAGGAUAUUUAUCACUACCUCUGGGACAACACAUCAUGAAGGAGCCAUGCCACAUUUCCAGGAAUUGCCCCAAAAGAAGUGUAGGGCAGAUUAACUAGUGGCUCCAUGAUAUCCAUCAUCACGCUGGGGGACACGGGCACAGAUGGGGGUCCACUCAGCACUGUGAGGGUUAAGUGCCAGUACAGAUGCUAAAUCUAUACACAUACACAUGUAAGAUGUGAAAAUAAGGCAUUCUAAAUAUUUAUAAGCUCAUCCAAGUUUUUUGUUUGUUUUUGCAUAGGGUUUCUCUGUAUAGCCCUGGCUGUCCUGGAACUAGCUCUUGUAGACCAGGCUGGCCUUGAACUCAGAGAUCCGCCUGCCUCUGCCUCCCAAGUGCUGGGAUUAAAGGCCUGCACCACCACCAGCUGGCACAAAUUUUCUUAAUAUUCCUCAGCACG